AUGUGCUGCCGCGCGCGGGGCGACCAGCGGAGGGAGGCGGCGCGGAGGACAGGGCCCGGCCCCGCCGCGGCCGCCCGGAGCGGAACGAUCGUGGCCGCGCUCCCGCUCGCUGGGAUCCGGGAACUCCCUGGAGAGCGGGGCGCCCUGGGCGCACCCAGCUCGGGCACUGCCGACAGCCCUCUCCGCAAGGUUCAAACCGAUUUGGGCAGCGGCUGCCGGUUUCCUGGUGGGCCGGGCUGGGACCCCGGGCGAGCCGCCUCCUGCAGUCUGCGCGCUCCGCUCUCCUCGGAAGGGACGCGCGUGAAAACACACCCUACGCGAGGAGAACGGGGCCGGAGGGCGGGGGAAUCCCGGGCGAGUGGGGGCCGGAGCUCUGGGCUUCCUCCCCAGCGACACCCGGGGGACACCGGGACUCCCUCGAGCCGUUACCCUGCUUGUGUGGACUCGUGUGAACCCUCGGGGAUGGUUCCCAGAAGGCCGCGGCGGCCGGAGAGCCGCGAGUGGCAGCCAGGCGGGGCUAGCGCCGGGACCGCCUCCUCCGGGUGGUCUUCCCGCCGGGCAAGUACCGCGCGCACCCUCCUCUGCAGUCGGAGCAGCCGGGCCAAGGCGAGCGGAACCCCGUGCCCCGGGCGCCGCGGGGCCCGGCGGCCCAACCCACCGCAGGCCGCGCCGCCGCCCUGCCAGGGGCGGAGUAAACAAGAGACGCAAGAUCUGACCUGGCGCGACCCGGAUUUCUGGCCGGGGUUCCCCCUGAGCAGAUUUCGCGGAAAAGGACCACAUAUGGAGUCAUAUCAGAUAUUCUUUUCCCUUUUCAAUGAAAACUCAUCAAAACGGAGGCAGCCCCUUUAAUGUCUGUGACACUAGCGCUGCUAGUUUCCUUUUUGUUUUGCUUUGUAUUUCACUUCGACCUGCGAUCGGUGUAUUGCUGCGGGUCCCUCUCUAUCCAAAGCCGACAUCGUCAUGAAGGACGACUGCAGGUAAAGCGAUGGGUACUUAUUUUAUGGGUAUUUUUUCCAAAGGAGAACAAUCUGAACAAUGUGGAGUAAGUUUCCCUGUGUCCUUUUAGGUUGAUCUCAUUUAAAUUCACGGCCUACUUCUGCUUAACUGGCUCCUUUCACUGUGUAAGUUCCUUAUUAUUCAGCCCUUCUUAACUUGAUGCACUUAAUAAAAGUUCCCCCAAUCAUCAUUUUCUCUUAAAUGUAUGCCGUUGCAUUCUUCAACGUCCAUUUAAAACGCAAAACGCGAUUUCUGAGUUUUUUUCACUUUCAAACCCACCUGCCACAUACUCCCAGAGUCCAUUUUAUUUAAUUGCUUAAUGGAGAAGAUUAAGCAGUUUCUUUAAGAAUUCAAUUUCCCUUCAGCACACACAGCGGCUGCCCACGCUCCCACAAAGUAAGCAAAGGAAGUAGCAGGCAGCUUUGCUUCUCUAGAACGAAUGAAUGUCGACAUCCUAAAUGCCUCUUUAAAAGACUAGACUGAAUGGUGGGUGUAAUGUGACUAUUAGAAUACUCAGGUACUGGGGCUACUAAAGUAAUUUUUAAAGCAAAUAUACAUCUAUUUUGAUGACCUGAUCCUACCACCAAAGAGGACCCCCGCCCCACAGACAAUCUGUAGUCAAAGUUGGAUUCUCCUUACCUUGUUCUAAAAUCAUCAGGUUCUAAAUAAUAUAACCUGAAGCACAUUGAUGCAGAAAUGAAAAUAUCUGUGAGGAUGUGUGAACUUGAUGACAUCCCUCUACUGGGAAGAAUUACUCUCUUUCAAAUAAAUGCAUCCCUGUCCCCAGUCCCUAAUGCUGCAAUAUGUCUGUCCACUUGCUUACUUCUAAGCGUAACAGUAAUAAAAGAACUCCUCUUCCCAGACAUCCUCAGAAGACAAAAUCAGCCUCGGUAAACUGCACUGGGCCCAAGGAGGCUCUACGGAAAGUGGGGCAGUGUGGGCAGAGCUGCCUUGCCUGGGCACCCAUAGGGUGCAUCAACAACAAUGAAGCAACUUCCUUUUUAUUACUCAUCUUUCCUAUCACUUCUCACUUCAAAGGAAGGAAAAAUCUAGUAGCCUUGGUAAAAUAAUUAAUUUCCACAUGGCAGUAUGGCAUUUUCUUAGUCAGAAAUCACUUCAAACUGAAAGCACCUUCAUUCAAAGAAUAUUUGUCAAGUGCCUGCCGUGUGCUAAAGAUACGUAGGAUACAUCAGUGAACAUAUCCCUGGUUUCCUGGAGCUGGCAUACUAGCAGUGGGGGCUGGGAGUGGGGUAGAAACAGGAUAGAAAACAAAUAUGAGAAAUGGACAGUA